AUGGAUGAUAGACCACUGCCCCGGCGUUCACGAAGUGAGACUGUGCAGCCCUCUGUGCGCAGCAUAGAUGAAAGGUCAAUGCCCCUACGUGCACAAAGUGAGACCAUGCACCCCUUGGCGACCAGCAUGGAGGAGAGACCACUGCCCCGGCGUUCUCGAAGUGAGACUGUACAGCCUGUUGUUCCCACCAUAGAGGAAAGACCAAUGCCCCUACAUGAAUUCCAACGUCAAGUGCUCCGUAUGCUAAACAUUAUUAGACUCAACCAGCAGCAACAAGAUGACGUUCUUCAUAGCCUUGUGCCUUCAAAGAUUGCUGCAGUAGUGGCAGACGACGCCCUCGUUGUUCCGAAGCCACUUGACUCCAUCGAGCAGCUGCAAGAAUUUGAAAACGGACUCACAUCUGAAACCGAGAAAAAGCUGGACAAUGUUACAUCCGUACAAGUGGGAAAUUAUAGUGGCCCUCAUGUGUUGCAGGCACAGCCGUCUCGAGGCGGGCUUCUGUCGGGGCAGGGUUGUUGA